ACGAGAACAAUGUCUGACGAGUCCGCUGCUUCAUCGUCAAAGAGCGAUAUCGCGUUCCCCAAAUCCGCACCACUCACGCUGGAGAUCCCGUCGAGCAGCGACUCGGCGACGUCUUCGGUCCAAUCAUCACAAACGUCGUCGCCGACCGGCAUCUUAGAAUCUUCUACGACGUCCACAACGACCACCGGGGCUCAUACGACACCAGGCGCAUCGACGUCUUCGCUGUCGAUUCAACGCAGCCAGACGGGCUUGAAUGUAAAGUUCGCCCCGCUGCCAGAGCUUGCGCCUCGUAAACGGAGGUCCACGGCGCCUUUGGGUAUGGCUGCUCGGGCUCAGUUGGUUCGGCGGCGGAGGCAGAACCACAACUACUAUGAUCCAGACCCUGGUCCUCACUAUGGAGCCAACCAAAAUCCCAUGUGGACAGAGGAGGAACUGGCGGAGGCGAGAGCCAGGCAGGUAGCUGCCGCGAUGGAGAAGGAGAGGCAGAGGAGGGAACAAAAGGCGAAUGCCCAGGACGACGACGAAGAUCCGUUCAUGGUCUUUGGCCGUCUGGUAAAGGGUGCGAGCAAGCAGAUCUGGAAAAAGGUGGCCAAGAAGGAGAGCAAGAAGGAUAUUGGGGAGAAGGAUAGGGAAGGAGAUGAAAAGGAUGGGGAGGGAAAGGAGAAGAGUAGCGAGGAUAGCGGUGAGGUGAAACGCUCUGGAGAUGGGAGUGCACCUCCUACACCCAUUGCUCUCCAACAGAGCGACUCUCUUGGUGACCAAGGUCGACCGCCACGCCUACGAUCGAUCCUCAACAACUCGACACCGCACGUCACCGACGAGCCGGAAGAGGAAGGGCGGGUAUGGGAAGAGGAGAUUGGGCAGGAGUUCUUGCUCAGUAUUGGGCAGACAGAGGCUAUGAUCGAGAGUCGGACGCAGGCACCAAAGAAGAAGAAGAGCGGGGCACUGAAGCAGUCCAAAUCGCAGCCACAAUUGCCCACGGACAAGGACCUCCCACCACGCGUCGACUUUUUGAAUGGAAUUGUCACCAACGGCGUCACUGGCCACGAAUCCCAGCCCAACCUCCCUUCGACGCUCACCGGCACGCUGUCGACCUCACCUUCACCUCCUUUACCCCCGUUGCCAACUCUGCCUACUGAUGACACUCAAGUCCCAGAAGGCAAGAGUUCGGACUCAUGAUGACGGAAAUGCACCAAACGCCCAAAGCGUGAAAUGAAACCCGGCAUGCGAGGAGUUCCCUCCAACGCCCAAACGCCCCUGAACCGACGACGCACCUCUCCACAAUAUCUACGCUCCUUAAUCUGAUAACCAGUCUCUCAAUAUCCAAGAUCAAAUUGCUGCCAGUCUCUGCAUCCCCAGAAUGCCUUCCCCGCUCCUUCUCUAUUAAUACCCUUCUGGUUGUGGAAUCUUCCUAUCCAAGUCCCUCCUUCAAUUCUCUUCGUCUACCAGUUUUGCUUGCCAAGUUACCCUGCAUCUUUGUGCUCUUACCUGUCUGUUGGCCAAAGGAUACCGUUUCCUUUUCUCCAUUGGGCUUUGCCCGUUUCCCCUUUCUCCUUCCUCCCGUUUUUGCUUGAGCUUUUCCCGU